AUGAGACAUAAACCCAACAUGAUGGAGAAUAGAAUUUGCUUUCAAACAAUUUCCAACUCUCAUAUCAACUCAAAAACCCUCGACCCCUGCAAAAUGCCCCAUCAAAAAGCCUACCUCGUAACCGGUGCCAACCGUGGUAUUGGGUUUGAGUUAGUAUCUCAGCUUUCUGCCGACUCAUCCAAUAUCGUAUACGGAACCGCGCGUGAUCUCGCUUCAGCUGCUGGUCUGAAGAAGUUGGCUUCAUCGCACCCCAAUUUCAAGCCACUAGAGGCCGACGUUGUCAAACCAGAGACAUUAAAGAGCGUUGCAGAUGUCGUGGCCAAGGAGCAUGGCUACGUAGAUGUGUUGAUAGCAAAUGCGGGUAUUGCAGAAACUUAUUCUCCCGUCAAGGACGUUAGUCUUGACGAACUGUCUCGUCAUUGGGAUGUGAAUACCAAGGGUGCCGUGAUCACUUAUCAAGCAAUCCGCCCACUGGUUGUCAAGUCCCAGGAGAAGAAGAUUGUUUUUAUAUCUUCACUUGCAGGUUCUGUCGCGGGAUUUUUUCCUAUGCCAAACCCAGCAUAUGGCUCGUCAAAGGCAGCUCUUAACUACAUCAUUAGAAGUAUCUCUGCUGAAUCUGAGGGCGAAGGUCUGAAGGUGCUCUCUAUGCACCCAGGUAUGGUAGCAACCGACAUGGGAAAGAGAGGCCUUACUAAAAUUGAUGUUAGUUCGAUGAAUAUUGCGGUAAUUUCUCCAGAAGAGAGCGCUAGGGCUAUACUUGAACAGAUUGAAAAGCUCGACGAAACUGAUAAGUUCUUGAGCUAUGACGGCACCACUGCUUCAUGGUAG